AUGAUGCAUUCAGUGGGUCUUUCAUACGAUCAAGUCACUCAGGAAACUCUAGCUCAAAGUCAUCAGGUACACAUGGGUUGGAAAAAUAUCAUUUUUUUAGAUGGGAAAAUAUUGCUACAAUAUUUUGAGCCGAAAGAAUCCCUCAUUAUAGCCCACGACAGACUUAUAAACGUGCGACAUCACUUCGAGGAUAUUUUUCUCAUCGGUGAUAUACUGGAGCCCCCGGUUACAAAUCCGCAUGAGAGAGUGCGCCUGGAGUUGAAUGCGGAGCAGGCUACGUUGCUCAAGCGAGUAUUCUUUUCUGACAGCAAAAAUUUGGAGUCAUUUGAAAAAGCUGGCUUGCAAAUAGUAGAUUCAGAAGGCCGUCAACCUCGACUUAAUGACGAGGAUUUACCUUUGGCUCCCUUGGGAGCAUCAAUCAUAAGCCGUUUGUUCCGGUUGUUUAUCCCAGAGGACAUUCUCAUUUCUUUAUGUUACUGGCAAACAAGAGCACUCCUGAAUAUCGAACAAUAUCGUCGAAUCAGCUUUUGCGUUUGGCCGCAUAUGGAUUAUCAAUGGGCUACUCCAGAAGCUAUGGCAGCCGCUGGUUUCUACAAAAUGGCCCUGGUUAAGAGCGACAGUGUAUUUUGUUUCCUAUGUGACAUUUGUUUGACUGAUUGGGUUCCCACUGAUGAGCCGUGGAGUGAACAUAACAGGCACGCCUCGCACUGUGUAUUGGUUCAAUCUAAACCGUCAUCCAAUGUUCCAAUUACAGGUAAGUUGUUUUCUCUGAUGUUUACUAGUGGGUGCCUUUAA